AUGAGUGACUGGACGGAGGUCGACAUUAACAUGGAAACCUUUCGGGUUGAGCGCAUCGAUCUGAAAACCGAGAACGAUGUGUCAGCUGUGGAGAGUUUUCCACAGCUUCUGCAAGAGCUGAUGCUGCUCUUGCGGAGCAUGUCAGAUGUCACGUGCAUUGGUCUGGAUUUGAGCAGCACGCCCCACCUCGUUGCUGGUGUGGCAGCUUGCUUCGAACUUGCUGUUCCAUAUGUCAUCGUUAGUGGCAUGCCAUCACAGCGACGAGAAUAUAUCUUGCAGCAAAUUGCUAGCCACACCCUUGAGUGGCACGCAGGCGAAACCGCAUGGAGCUUGACACCUCGGCCGGAGGUGCCUGACAUCUCCCUGCCCCCGAAUACCUGCCAUGUGUACUAUACAAGCGGAUCGACCGGACGGCCCAAGGGUGUGGUGACCAGCCGGCUGAAUAUGCUCGAAUAUAUUCGUGGUCACGCCCGUCUGCACGGAUACCAUGCAACAAGUCGUGUAUUGCUGGUAUCUGCACCCCUCUUUGACCCCUUUGUGGGUGAGAUUCUCACGGCCCGCCAUGUGGGCGCUACGCUGCUUGUGGCAAGGGAUACGGCCGCGAUGCUUGGCCAGCUGGCGGCAGUAUGUCAGCACCAACGCUUUUCGCAUGUGUGCAGCACACCGGCGGUAUGGGGCACGGUGGAUUCAGCGCUUCAAGACCCUGAGUGCACCAUCAUGUUGGGUGGGGAGCGUAUGCCCGCAUCUCUUCAAGCACGCUGGUGCACCUAUCGACUCUUUAACAUAUAUGGGACUACCGAAUGCACCGUAUAUCAAUUCAGCUGCCGCCUGCAUGACGCAACCAGGGCAGGCUCCAUUGGUCAGCCUUACCCGGGCGUGCUAUACCGAAUCAAGUCUGAGAACCAAGCCCUCAGCGACCCGAGUGAGGGCGAGCUCGUUCUUGGUGGCACCUUGGUAGCGCAAUAUCUGGAUCAUGAUGGUGGAUUUUUUACUGAAGAGGAUGGAUCUCGCUGGUACAGCACAGGAGAUGUGGUUUGCCGGUCAGUUGACUGCCACCUCGACCUUCUGGGCCGGCUGGAUGAUCAGCCAGUGUUGAAUAGUUGGUUAGCACUUCAUUUGCCACCUGCCUUCCUUGCCUCAACCAUCGUAUUCAUUUCGGACUGGCCACUGACCGCAACGGGAAAGCGGGAUAAAGCUCAACUGCGGGCUUCUGUCGCUGCCGCACAAGCGGACGCCCAAAAAGGUUCCCAGCCGGCUCGCGAGUUGACGCCCGUAGAAGGCUACAUCGGGGACAUAUGGGCCAUGCUCUUGGGCACGCCGUGCACUCGGCCAGACUUUGACUUUUGGGUCUCAGGAGGUGACUCGUUGGGCGCGAUGCGCUUGGUGACUCGUUUGCGCAAGGAGGUAGCGCCUGACUCGCAACCUGAGCGUAUGGCUCUGGGCCUGUUUGAGGGCCCCUUUGACCCGCAAGCAGUGCUCAAGUACCGCACACUUGAACGUUAUGCAGCUUUUUUUGAGCAAGCACUUAGGGACGCUGGGCUAGAGUGGUCGGUAGCUGAGACAGAUUCUUUGACGCCAAAUAAUCUGCACAACUCGGCUUGCCCAUUGCAACAUGUUUUGGACCGCGCGGCAAGCCAUACCCAAGGGCACUUGGUCUUGCCGUUAUUGUUUCGGCUUCAGGCUCUGGAUUGUGAUGCUCAGCUCUUUGAUGUCAACGGCAGCGUGUCGAGGCAUGCUCGCAAGCAAAGCCCGCUGCAUGCGGCCACUUUAACGGGCAACGCACUGUUAGUGCAGCAACUCUUGAGUGCUGGUGCCAAGGUCAAUUUACCAAAUGCCAAUAACGUGAUGCCAGCUCAUUUGGCCGCUCAGACGGGCGCCGCGGUUCUCGAAACUCUUUUGGUGCGAGCUUUGCUUGGGGUGGAACAAGUGGCCAUGCAUGACCCCACCUGA